AUGUCUGCCCCUUACCUUCGCUCCAUCGCCACUCGCCGUACCAUCUACCAGCUUGGUCGUCAGAACUUCCCCCUCUCCCACGCUGAGGUUACUGCUAUCGUCACUGAUAUCGUUAAGCACACGCCCAGCUCUUUCAACUCCCAGACCACCCGUGCCGUUAUCAUCUUCGAUAAGAACCACGAGAAGCUGUGGGGCGAGUUUGCUCACGAUGCUUUGAAGGCUAUUUCUACUUCUGAGGAGGCCUUCGCUGCCACCAAGGCCAAGCUUGACAUGUUCAAGGGCGCCUACGGCACUGUUUUGUUCUUCGAGGACGACAACGGAAUCAAGAAGAUGCAGGAGCAGUUCCCUCUCUACGCCAGCAAGUUCCCUGAGUUUGCCGGCCACUCCUCAGGUGCUGCCCAGAUCAACGUCUGGACCGCUCUUGCCCUCGAGAACGUUGGUGCCAACCUCCAGCACUACUCUCCUCUGAUCGACGCUGAUGUCCACAAGGCUUUCAACGUUCCUGAGAACUUCCGUUUGACUGCUCAGCUUGUUUUCGGCAGCAAGGUCGGUGAGGCCGGCGAGAAGACCUUCCUCGCUGACACCGUUCGCACUAUCGAGUAA